AAACCAAUUCAAAUCAAGACGCUCGAAGGUCUUUCGUUCGAGUCUUCCCCCUUGGUACCUUAGUUACGGGCGUCUCUCACACCGCCACUUGAUAUCAUCGCGAAAAUCCACGGAGGGGAUCGCAAUACUACGAACCAUUCGAGAUACUGAAGAGACUUUCCAGUCCCAGGAUGAAGGCCAUGCGAAGUCCCGUCCUCACAAGGGUAUCCACCCCAGCCUCAACCACUCGAACCCUAGCCUCCCCAAGCGUCACCCCGCAAAGGAGAUCAUCCCUCCACACAACCCAGGCUCAGGACGCGUCGCCACCAUCGUCACCCACUACAACACCGUCAAGCCGUCCCGGGCAAAGUCCGUGGCAAAGUCCGCACCGCGGCGCUCACGAACCAAGAGAGAGCAGAAUGUCGUUCAGCUUGGUUUCCGCGACCAUUUCUUCGCCCACAUCUUCUGCUGGUACAAGAAGCAAGGCGGGCGAGGGGAGCGCAGGGAGUAGUCGCACGGUUUUCGACGAGGAUGUCGUCGAGGAGUUGAGACCUAUUUUUGCGGAACGGGCUUCCAGGGGCGCGGUGAAGCUGGGGAAGGAGAGAGUGGAAAUGAGGAGUAUGACUACGGGCACGGGAGCGGAGUGGGUGUGGUGAUGAUCUCAAAUACGUUAUAUAUCAACACGUUGACUCUGGGCGAUUGAGGUGCAUGAGGAACACGACAUAUUAUCUGG